GCAGCGCGGAGGUUACUUGGUUGAGCUUCUCGUCGGGGGCGAGCAUCAGAGUCCCACUAAGUCUGUGCUCCUUGUGCUGUCAGGGCUGGCCACUUCGCCAUGAUUGCUCCAAAUAGCAUCAUAGUCCUACUUGUGCCCGCCUUGGUACUAGCUCAAGACACCUACGACCCAACCGACUAUGAACACCACCCAAUGAUCACAGCAGCAAUGGAAGCACACUUGAAUAGGGACUGCAGUGACGUGGACCCUGACCCCGAAUCCUACUGGAUGGCGAAAUUCUCUGACCUCGUCAAGGACAGAUUACCGAACGAAGCCGUGACAUGGGAUGACCUCCUGCCGAACCUGGAGCGUCUGUCGGAAUAUGACGAAAAAGGUUAUUUGGAAGCCAUUGCAAAAGGAAAGCUGGACGUGAGCAGCCUCCGCUUCCCGGACCCGCACCUGGAGCCCCUCAUCCUCCCCGCCUACAUGCCCGUCAAGUACCAGCCCGAGAAGCUUCCCACCAUCGUGCUUCAGCAGAUAUUCAAUGGCGAAUAUGUGUACGAGGAGGUGCUCCCCUCGCCGUCGCGGAAACGCCGCAGCCUGGACGACGGCGAGGGCGAGGACGAGGCGGACGAGCAGAAGGCGGAGCAGCCGCGGCUCUUCCGCCACAAGCGCAGCUCGUACUCGGACGACAUCCCGCCCGUGGAGGGCCACUCCAUGAACCACGAGGUGGACGAGGUGGAGUACGGAGAAGAGGGCCAGCUCCUGAACCGCAAGCGCCGCGAGCUUCCGGAGGGCAUGGCCGUCUUCCCGCCGAAGAACUCCAUGUUCGCCGUCAAGACGCUGUGCAUGAGAACCAACGCCACGGGCCACAUAGAAUUCCCGACCAUGUAAGGACCGGCGGACUCCACGGCGGCGCCAGACCCGCUCCAGGAAGGCCUUGGCACCGCGACGUCUCGGAGGAAGAAACAGAAGGAAAUUGUCUUACACCAGUUUGCGCUUCGGGCAGUUCCGUGUGGAAUUAUAUCUCGUUCCAUUGUGAUUCUAGUUCAUAUCUUUUAUCUUAUCAACUAUUCCAUCUCUUUAUAAUAUUUAUGUACUGAUAUAUAAUGGCAUUGGUAAAUUUAACACUUAUCAGAUAAUGAAAUAGAUAUUCGGAAUUAUUAAACGAUAAAGUCCAUUAAAAUACUACAGUGAACUUUCUUAACCGAGAAAAAACAAGAUCAAGUUUCGUCGUAAAAUAAAAUACUAAAUAAAAUUAAGAUUUAACAUCAAACAAAACAGCAAGAAUAUGGAGUGAGUUAUAUAGUUAAUAAAUAUCUAUAUCAAAAUUGAAAGAAAAGAAAAAAAUGGAUAAAAUUGGAAGUCAACUGAAUAAACGGGAAUAAGAUCAACAGAGUGUAUAAGAUUGUCAAAAUUAAAGAUCGAGAAAAAUA